UUGUUAAUGGAGUAUCUGCUUACAAUGAGUUCGACUCACCAAAACCCAAAAUUGAAUAAAGAAAAGUUGAUUCAUCAAGAAUUCAAGAUGACCAAGGAAGGAAAAUAAUCAGAAUAGUUGAUCCCAGCUCAAUACUUGAAAAUUUUAACGAUAGGAAUUUAGGAAUAGGUGAAGUGGCCAUCAGCUAUUCUGUAGGCUGUAACCCAUAUAAAUUUGAACUGAUCAAGAUGGGUGGUGAAAUGAUGCACAGCCAGCUAUUAUAAUGAUCCAAGGGUUGUGAUCAUCCCCAUCUGGCGAUUUGUAUGUCUCUGCAAUUGGAUUUUCUGUUUUUUUUUUUUUUGGUUGUGUGAAUUGUGUCAACUGUCAAAAAUAAAUAAGGUGAAGUUUCUACCCGUCUGUAUAGUUUAUGGAUGAAAUGAUUUGGCCACGUUAUAAGGGGCAGAGAAGCGAAAUCCGGGCAUUGGUCUUCUAGCAGAUGCUGCAGAAUCUCUGUUUGCAGGCGCAGACAAGUGUUUCUCUUAUUAUUAACUUUUUCAGUUCUUUCUCACUCACAUUGAUGAGGAAACUCUGAUCUGGAGGAAAUUGGAAAAAUGUUCAGGUUGCAGUGGGACUUUGACUAGGUUCCGAGGAGAAACGAGGAAGCACAACGUAAGAAAACGCUGGGUUUUGGCAACGCAGAUGAUAAAUGGAGAGAAAAGAUGAUGGAAGGAGAAGAUGGUUUGAAAACUGUAGAGUGUUUAAGGGGAAGAUUACUUGCCGAGAGAGUAGCUUCAAGAGUAGCAAAGGAAGAUGCAGAGCUCAUGGGGAACAAGGUGAUAGAGAUGGAAAGAAAAAUACGGAUAGAGAUCAAAUCCAGGAAUAGAGCCGAAAAGAAGCUGAAAUUCCUCGUGAAGAAGGUGGAAUCCCUGAAACUUUCGCAUGUUUUUCUAGACCAGUGCAGUUCAUCAGAAACUGGUGAAGAUUCGGGCGGUUCAUCCAAGAACUCCUCGGGACUCAAGGAGCCAGAGUCGGUGAAAUGUGGCAUAGAAGAAGAGAGAUCAACAACUUCAGGAAAUCCCAGAAAUGGCGACCCAGAAUCCAAUGUGACAAAACCGUGUCAUGGUGGAAGUUCUAAUUCAGUGGGUAGUGCUCAUCCCUCAGAACAACCGAGCAGCAGCAGCGUUGAUGAAGGUCCUUCCUCAGAACAACCGAGCCAAAUCGAAGACAGAAGUUCUGACGAGCCAGUGACAGAUGGUCUCAGCAGAGAAGCUCCAACACCAGGUGAAAGGGAAUCGAAUGGAGAAAACAAUCCAGUACUGGAGGACGUGGAUAACACGCUUGCAUUAGUCCCAGUUAGUUCAUGGCCAGCCUCACAAACCUCUGAACCGAAGAUCAUUAACGACCAUAAUGUCCGCGAUGUGCUUGCUGCUCUAAGACAUGCCAGAGAACAACUUGAGAACUCAAUUCAUUCUCGUUCCGUUGAUCUGUGUAGAAGAGUAUGAGAAAUGUGGUUAUCGUUGGUAAUUCUUAGUGGUUUUACAGCAAGAGAUGGGGAAAUCCGCCUCAUUUUUAGUAUUAGGUUACAAAAUUCUUCUCAUGGGCUUCAUUCAUUUUUAAAUGAAAAAUCAGUUGUCUUGUU